CCAUACCAUAGGACGUCCUGUUGCCGGGCAUUGAUUCUGUCGGACGAUCCAAAACAAACACCAACCAACCAACCAAUCAAUCCAAUCAACCAAUCCAUCCAAUCAAUCAUUCCAUCGAUCAAUACGCAUAGAUUCUUUCCAGAAAAAUAAAGACAACAGCAGCAUGGACGACGAGGAUUCCUUCGCGGAGGUCCUCUCCGGUCUGAAGGGCCUCUCCCGAAAGGGCCGCGAUCCCCGAUCGAUCCGCGUGACCACCGUGAUAUCCGCCCUCACGGACGUCAUCGAGGGAGAGGUCUCGCCGGCGAGGGUGUACGCGUCGGCCGUCACGACGCUCGAGGGGACCCUCCACAAGGACCACGGCGGAAACGUCGACGUCGUCUUUGACGCACUCACGACGCAGGCCGCCCUGCUGAAGAUCCUGGCGGCCGUCGUCCCCCACGUGGCGCCCCCCACGCUGGGGGCUACCCUGGGCCUAACGUCGCGGGUCCUGCGCGGGGCCGUGGCCUCGUCCCUGUCGAUCCUGGAGGACGGAGGGGCGAUGGCCGAGAGCGGGACGAUGCUGGACACCUCCGACGGCCUCGGCGCCCUGUCGGCGGUCCUCUGCGAGGCCUGCCGGGCGGCCGGGGAGGUCCUGCGGCACCUCCCGGCAAAGGCGGCGACCGAGGCGUCCGUCCGGCAGCUGCUGAUGGGAACGCUGGUGUGCCUCCUCAAGGACACGCGGCAGACCGUGCAGAAGGCCUCGAGGGACGCCCUCAACGGCCUGCUGCUGAUGGACUCCGGGGGGGGAUGCCACCCGGCCGUCAAGAAGACCACCAACCGGUACGUCGACCUGCACAUCGACAACUACCUCAAGCACCCCAACCGGCAGGCGGAGAUCCAGGACCUGAUCGAGCUGACGGGCUUUCUGGGUCGGUCGCUGGUCUCGCUGGACUUUACGGCCAUCGGGGGCCGGCUCAUGACCGUCCUGGUGGACCUGCUGAACGAGGAAUCCUCGUCGUCGGCCUCGCCGGCCCGCCCGGUCUUUGUCGCCAACUCGCACGGAUCGACCCUGAAAAUCCUGACGGUCAACUCGAUCCUGGCGGCCGUGCUCUCGCUGCUGGAGGCGGACGACGACAUCGGCCUCAAAAAGACCGAGCAGCUCGACGCCUUUGCCUCGAGGGUCCUGGCCAGCCUCGUGCAGGCCCGGCCGACGCUCGUCUACCGGGAGGGAGCCGCGGAAAUCGACCUGCUCGAGAGCGGGCGGACCAUCUACGGGGAGGUCCUGGUGUCCUCCGCCCAGCGCGUCCUGAACAAUGCCUCCACGCGGGAAAUCGGGGCGAAGCUCCUCCCGAUGGUCCUGCAGCACGCGCUCGGUCUCUCCCGGCCGAUCGAGGCCGGCGACUCGGUGGGGACCGACGUGGGGGAAACGCUCUUUGCCGAGGUCUCGCAGCUCUUCCGGGUCCAGCUGAAGGCGCUCGCGAGGGAGAGCCCUUCCCUGCACAAGGCCUGCACGCAGAACUGCCUGAGGGUGCUGAAACCGGUCGUUGCGAGCGAUUCCUUCGACGACACCCACGCCCCGGUGCUGCAGCCCCUGGCCCUGCUCCUGCAGCAAAUGCCGCUCGGGGGAGGGGAAGAAACAUCGUGCCUCCGGUCGCUCGUCGAGCUGCGCUGCGGGGAGUCGAUCGAGAAGGAACUCCAGCGGAAGAUCGAGGGUGCCCUCGAUUCCCUCAUCCAGGGCAUCGGGCUCGAGCGGUUCUGGAAGGCGAUCGACUUUCCCGGUCUGUGCGGCGAGAGCUCGAAGAAUGCUUUGCCCAACAAGUACGCGUGGCUGAUCGAGGUGAUGAAGGUGUCCAGUUUCGUCAUCUCCGACAACGAGCUGCACCUUUCCUUCUUCCAGGAUCAGGUCUUGUCUCUCGCCCGCGAGUUCGACGCCCUCUCCGCCAAGGGCAAAGCCUCGAGCACCGCCGUCUUUCGGAGCCAGGUCAUCAACCUCUGGGCGUUGUUCCCGGUGUUCUGCCGGGCUCCGGUGGACAUCGGGUCCUCCUUUCCGAAACUCGCACCGAUUCUGAUCAAGGCCAUGAACGACGAUCGGUAUCCCGAAUUUGUGGUAAGCAAUGAAUCGAAUCGAAUCGAAUGGAAUGGAACGGUUCCUUCCAUGUAUUUUUGUCCGAUGGAAACUGCCGCUCACACGAAGCUUUUUAAUGUAUGCAUUCACUUUCAGACCGCAAUUUGUGCCGGAUUGGACGCGCUCGCAAAAGGUGUGCACAGCCGCAAAAACGAACUCGAGGAACUAAUCGACGGAGAAGACGGAGACCAAGCGCGCACGGAAGCAAGAGUCAUGGAACAGAUCUCGAUGAAACUGCUGCCGUCCCUCUUCAAGCUCGUCGAUUCCCUCCACGACACGAGUUCCGAAUCGUCCAAGAAGUCCGAUGCCGGCGAGGAAAACAUGGAGACGGACGAAACCGUCGUCGAAAAGGACUCGACCGGAGUGUUGGUCGUUACCCGAUCGAUUGCGUCCGUUGCCAAGGUAGCUCCCAGCGCACAGAUCCAGCGCCUGUUCACAAAGGUCGUCCAGAAAAUGCUGGAAUCGACGCAGUCGAACGACAAGAAGACGAUCGAGAAAAUGUGUUCGCUUCUCGCUCUGUCCCAGGCCCUCGUGAUUUCGGAGUGCCUGAACGACGCCAGCAUAUCUCUGUUGUAUCGAUCCCUCAAGCCGAUCAUACGAACCGACGAGACGCCCUCGAGGAUUCAGAAGCGUGCCUACAAGGUAAUGGCCGAAAUCUGCAAGAGGUACCACUCGUUCAUUGCGGAACCCACGCGUUUGAAGGAAGUCAUGGAGCUCUUGUCGUCAACGAGCGCGACGUCGCAGGUCUCGGCGCGGUUCAUGCGUCUCAAGUGCCUGGCGCUGGUCGUCGAUGGAUUCGAGCACUCGGCUACGGCCGAGCGACAGGUAAGCACCGAGCAAGCACUUCACUUCACCGCACCACCCCGCCUUGCGGCCCAGGGCCGCGGUGUGCGUCCGGAUCAUCACCAUCGCUUUCUCACAACCGUUCUCUUUUCCCCCCUCCACCCAGAAACUCGUCUCCUCCCUGGUCGGGGAGACCCUGCUGUGCCUGAAGGACUACAACGCGAAAACCCGGGACGCCGCCUACAAGCUCCUGCUCUCGCUGCAGGCGUGCCACGGCGACCCGGCGGGCUUUGUCCGGACGAUCGCCGCCGCGGUCGGGUCGGGCACCCCGCACAUGCGAUCGGCCGCGGUCACGGCGCUCGCGAGGCUCGUCUUCGAGCUGUCCAAGGACGACCAGGACGUGCAGGACCUGCUCCCGGCCCUGCUCAAGACCGUCCUGGUCCUGUCGGACGAUCCGUCCCGGGAGGUGACCAAGAGCAUGGUGGUCUUUGUCCGGGUGUCGGUGUCCGCGGCCACCCCCGAGCAGCUCGAGCCCCUCCUCCCGGACAUUCUGAACGGCCUGCUCAAGUACCACCGGGGCAAGGACCGCUUCCGCGAAAAAAUCAAGAUCAUCAUCAAGAAGCUCGUCAAGCACUUUGGAUACGAGGCGCUGAUGCCCUACGUCCCGCCCUCCGACAGCCGCCUCCUGACGCACAUGAGAAAGCUCUCGGAGCGCGAGAAGCGCCGAAAGCUGAGCCGGCGGAAGCCGCACGGGGAGGAAUCCAGGGACUUUGGGGCCAUGGAGGACUCCGACGAGGAGGACUCGGACGGUGGCAGGACCCUGAUGACCGGGAUGACCGGCCUCACCCGGAUGUCCCGUUUGUCCCGGGCGAGCGGCGCCGGCAAGACCCUGAAGCGCCGCCACGCCGAAACCGCCUCGGUCGCCCUGUCCACCCGGUCCGGGAGGGCGAGGACGGCGGUCCGCAUCCGGAGCGACGCGGACGGCAGCGUGACCGACGUGAAGGACCUCCGGAACGUCCGGUUCGCCGAGGAGCAGGACGACGGGAGCGACGACGACGACGACAUGGAAUUCGAUGCGUCCGGAAAGCUGGUCGUCCGGGACACCGGCCUGGACGACGAAACGGCCGCCGACCCGAGCGACGACGCCGGCACGGUCCGUUCCUUCCGGAGCCGGCGUUCCCUGGCCGACCGAUCGGUGGCCGGCCGGAACAGCGGAAAGGACUCUUCCAGAAAGAAGAAGGGCAUGCCCAGGCCCGGUUCCGCCUACAAGUCGAAGAAGGCGGGCGGCGACGUCAAGAAGAAGGGCCAGAAAUUCGAGCCCUACGCCUACAUGCAGCUCGAUGGCCGCAACUACUCGAAGAAGAAUCGCCGGCACGCGGUGGAACAGAUGGGUUCCGUGGUUCAGAGAGGGAACAAACGGCAGAAACGAUGAUUCCACGAGUGGACAGUAGUAGUGGUAGUAGGAAAACCGUUCUUCGUUUGAUUGUCUUUUGUAAAUUUAGGAAAGCUGUUACCAAACCAAUGUGUUGUUCUAUCGUGUUAGAAGCACUGAAUCGCGUGUUGUGACAGAUUGCCAUAGCUGGAGGCAACACUACGAACAAACAAUGAUCGUGUUGAUUCUUCUUCACGGAGCACAAGAACUAGCAGUCGUUCUACAAAUUUAACACAUUCGAGUCGAUUCGAUUCGAUUCACACUUGGAUUUUUCAAGCUGUGAAAGAAAUGGUGGGUCAAUGCCCGAACAAACAAUAAGACUGACG